UAGUUCGAUUAACUGAUUAAGCUUCGAGAGAGAGUUAUAGUCUGAAAUAUUGGACGGUGUUGUGGUCUGCUUCUCUCUCUCUCUCUCUCUGCUCUUCAAGGUUCGAGAUCCUGCCGUCGCCGGUGACCGCCAUGUCCUUCAAAUUCUCGCUCCUCUUCGUCCUCUUUCUCUUCCUCUCUGCCGUCUUCGCUUCCGAGUCAGAUCACAAGUAUAACCAAGAUGACCCAGUUACCCUUUGGGUGAACAAAGUUGGUCCUUAUAAUAAUCCACAAGAAACAUACAACUAUUACAGCCUCCCAUUUUGCCGACCACCUGGUCAACCUGCCCAUAAAUGGGGUGGUCUUGGUGAGGUCCUUGGUGGCAAUGAACUUAUUGAUAGCCAAAUUGAGAUAAAGUUCCGAAGAAAUUUGGAGAAAACCACCUUUUGUCGUCUGGAUCUCGAUGAGGGGAAAGUUAAACAGUUUAAGGAUGCAAUAGAGAACAGUUACUGGUUUGAAUUCUUCAUGGAUGACCUACCAUUAUGGGGAUAUGUUGGUGAGCUACAUCCUGAUAAGAACAGUGAUAAUGGCAAGCAUGUCCUGUACACACACAAGAACAUCAUUGUUAAAUUCAACAAUGAUCAGAUCAUUCAUGUGAAUCUCACUCAGGACAACCCAAAACCUUUGGAAGUAGGAAGACCUUUGGACAUGACAUAUGCUGUCACAUGGAUUCCUACGAAUGUCACUUUUGCACGCCGAUUUGAUGUCUACUUGGACUAUCCAUUCUUUGAGCAUCAGAUCCAUUGGUUCUCCAUUUUUAACUCUUUUAUGAUGGUCAUCUUUCUUACUGGAUUGGUCUCAAUGAUAUUAAUGCGAACUUUGAGAAAUGACUAUGCAAAAUAUGCCCGGGAAGAUGAUGAUUUGGAAACUCUGGAAAGAGAUGUUAGUGAAGAAUCUGGCUGGAAACUUGUGCAUGGUGAUGUUUUUCGGCCUCCUCGCAAUUUGGUGAUUCUGUCAGCUGUUGUUGGUACAGGUGCUCAGUUAGCAUUACUGGUUCUUCUUGUCAUCUUGUUGGCUAUUGUUGGAAUGUUGUAUGUCGGGCGAGGAGCAAUUGUCACAACCUUUAUUGUGUGUUAUGCUCUCACAUCAUUCAUCUCUGGUUAUGUGAGUGGAGGGAUGUACUCACGCAAUGGGGGUAAAAAUUGGAUUAAAUCCAUGAUCCUUACUGCAUCGCUGUUCCCGUUUAUGUGCUUUGGAAUCGGAUUUAUCUUAAACACAAUUGCUAUUUUCUAUGGAUCUCUAGCAGCAAUCCCCUUUGGAACAAUCGUGUACUAUGUCUAUGGCUUCAUGCUACUAGUUUUUCUGAUUCUCCUCAUUGUGACCGUAUGUGUGACAAUUGUGGGGACAUACUUUCUGUUAAAUGCCGAGAACUACCACUGGCAAUGGACUUCUUUCUUUUCAGCUGCCUCAACAGCUGUUUAUGUGUAUUUGUACUCAGUAUACUACUACUAUGUGAAGACAAAGAUGUCAGGGUUCUUCCAAACGAGCUUCUAUUUUGGAUACACUUUGAUGUUUUGUCUUGGACUGGGAAUUCUCUGUGGAGCUGUGGGUUAUCUUGGUUCAAAUUUGUUUGUGAGGAGGAUCUAUAGAAACAUCAAGUGUGACUAAGGAUUUUCUGAAAGUUCAGACCAGAGCAGUUUCCACAUAUUUGCAGGAGACAAUAAAUUCGCAGCAGAAACCUCUGGUUGUAUGUAUGGACCAAACAACAUUUACAGGUAGUAUCACAAUCACAGGGAUUUUGUGAAUGAGGAUGUAUUCUUUCUCUAUAUUAGGGAAGGCCCGAAAAUUUUUUCCCCAUGUCAGUAAUUGGAAGCCUUGAUUUUAGAAUGUAGAGAUUUGUUUUUAUAAUUUAGAUAGCUAGCAAAAUAUGAGACUCUUGUGGUUACUUUUCCAUCCCUUUAUAAAUAGGUGCCCGAUUGGUAUACUGAUGUCUAAAUUCCCCACGCGGUUUAGCUACGGAAACAAUGUAUGUAGAGGGGGUUAAGUCAUUGGAAAUGAAUUUUGUGCUCCUGAAUUUUGUACCAAAGAUAUGAUUAUCCUUCCUAUCUGCUUCUGCCACAUUGCUUGUUUAAAUUUUUAAAUGCUGACAUGCAUUUCUUCAUC